UUUCCCACUUUCCUCGCCCAAACUCAACUGCUCAACUCCCUCACAUAUACACGCAGUCGCAAAGAGAGAGAUGGAACGAUCGAGUGCUUUAGCUAAUUUAGCGACGACGCUCCUCUUUUGCCUCGCCAUAUGUUCCUGCGCCGUCUCAAUUAGCUCAGCCCAAGCAUCGACCAACACCGAGUUCAUAAGAACGUCGUGCAGUAAAACCACCUACCCACGCCUGUGCUACACCUCCCUCUCCAGCCACGCCACCCUCGUCCAAACCAGCCCCAAGCUCCUAGCCGGCGCUGCCCUCAAUGUCACCCUCGACAAGGCGCGUUCGACCUCAACCAUGAUGCUGAGGCUGUCCCAGGCCAGAGGGAUGAAGCUGAGGGAGGUUGGGGCGAUGCGCGACUGCGUCGAGGAGCUGAGCAGCUCGGUGGACGAGCUGAGGCGGUCCAUCGGCGAGAUGGGCGAGAUCAAGAGGUCCUCCAACUUCGGGCUGAUCAUGAACGACGUCCAGACGUGGGUGACCGCUGCCCUGACGGAUGAGAACACGUGCUCCGACGGCUUUGCCGGGAGCAUGAUGAAUGGCAAUGUGAAGACGGUUGUGAGGAAUGAGAUAGUGACCAUCGCGCAUCUCACCAGUAAUGCUUUGGCCUUGAUCAAUCAUUACGCCUCGCUUCAUGGCUAAUGCCUAGUGCUAAAUAGCCAGGGCCAUAAUCGUUACUUGUCAAGCGUGCCCAGCUAGAUACAUAGAGAAGGUAUGGAUAUACAGUAUAUCAUUGUGAAACUCUAGGUGUUAUGAUGUUGAUCCAUAAGAUCUCGAUGGAGUCGUCCCAUUAAAAGAAUUGAUGGCGCGGUUAAGGUUGCGACGAGCUGCAUAAAUGAGGUUAAUUUUGUUUCCCCGAGUGUGCUCUGCAGUUAAUGUGCGCAUACAUUUAUUAGACUUGUAUCUGGUGAUCGAAUGAUUCUAAAUGGAGCUAUUGCUUGCUGGAAAA